ACUGAACCUGCAUUGCUCUUGCACCGUGGGCGACCGCGCGACCUGCAUCACCUUUAUACUCCCUAGAUCAUGCGCCGACUCCAGCAGCAGGAGCCUGAAGUUGCACAAGGCGAAAUCGAGGAGGAAGAGGUAGUCAGCGGCGUCGCGGAGGGCGACGAGGUCAUGGAGGAUGCGGAUGAUGGCAGGGAAUAUAGCUCCUCCACCCCGACGUCGACGCUAACCUGGAUCAGCUGGUUUUGCGCGCUGCCAGGUCACGAGUACUUCUGCGAAGUCUCGGAAGACUUCAUUGAAGAUGAUUUCAAUCUAACUGGGCUGAACGCUAUGGUCCCUUUCUGGAAGGAGGCGAUGGAGAUGGUUUUGGAUGUCGAACCAGAUGAAGAUGCUCCCAAAAUACCUGAUGUCUCGAUCGUAGAGGCAUCCGCUGAGUUGCUAUACGGGCUUGUCCACCAGCGUUACAUCCUGACACGCGCAGGACUGCAAGCCAUGAUUGACAAAUACGACGGUGGCUCAUUUGGCUCAUGUCCACGCGUGUACUGCAAUGGUUGCAAUAUCGUCCCCUGCGGUCGCUCCGAUUUGCCAGGCCUCGACACCGUCAAAUUGUAUUGCCCGAACUGUAAUGAUAUCUAUACCCCACCAAGCAGUCGUUUUCAAGGCGUGGACGGAGCCUUCUUUGGGACGACAUUCCCUCAUCUUUUCUUCCAGAGCUACCGCGAGAUUGCACCAGCUCCAUUCUACAGGCCACCAUCCGGCUCAAGUUCGUCUAUGUCUGGCCGCUCAUCUGGCUCCCCGCAGCACUCACAAGAGGGCCGGCAUACAGCCUUUGUGAACCCCAACCCCCACGGCGGGCAGAAACCCGCUGCUGGGGGCGUCUACCAGCCGAAGAUAUACGGCUUCAAGGUUAGUGAGCGGGCAAAGUGUGGGCCACGCAUGCAAUGGAUGCGGCUGCGCCCAUGGAGCCCCGAGGAGCUUGACGAGGUCGACUCGCGAGGGCGGUGGAUCGACGACGACGAGGAGUACGAGGAUGAGCAAGAGGAGGAGGGCGAGGACAAGCAGAUGGGCGAGUUCGAUAAUGUAGGAAUACUAUGAAGGCGCGGUUGAGUCAGAGGAGGAAGAGGAAGAAGAAGAGGAGGAGGAGGAGGAGGAGAACGAUGCGCCGCCUGCGGGGGACAUGAAGGCGCGGAGAGUCGCUCACUCCGCGUCCGCACCGAGCCUGCGGCAGCCGGGUACGAGCCCACACUAUGCGCAGGAGCGUCAGGAUCUGGGUAGCGCCCGGACUCCGCAGAUACUCUUGGGGCAACUUGCCGGUGCAGGCUCGAGGGUGAGAGCAGUGCGGCAGUGGACUCAAGGGACGACGGCGCAGGUCUGUUAGACCAUUCAUGGACGCUAGUUCUCUUCUAUUUCUCUUGCUUUGACACAUUUCCCCGGGUUGUCCUCUACUGAACGUAUACAACAGUAUAGAUGAUAAUGUAGUACUGUUUUUCGUGGCCAUUAGAAAGUACUGUACACUGUGCUUACUAAGUUCAAAGGGGUGGUAACAAUCGGUAACAAUAGAAUGCAAAACGCUUAUCGUGGG